AAUGAUGUAAUUACAAUGAUUAUUGAUGUUCGAGGUUAGUUGUUAAGCCGUGCAUUGUCUAAUUGUUACUAGUAUAUACGGGUUUAUAAAGUGUUAGUUAUUUUCUGGUCCCCAAAUUUUUUUUACGGGAGUAAUAGUUUUUUUGUUUCAAUUAAAUUCAAUUAUAAAUUUCAUUUUUUGACUGAAUUAAACAAUUUCAACCUGCUCUAAGAAUAUUCAAGGUUUACCAAGCAUCUUCCUACUUUCAUGGAAACUCACCUUUCUUCCAUUCCUUUCGCUCCAAGUUCUCAACUACCACAACAACUACAUUAAAACCUGCAUUUCAUCUUCAACAACAACAACAUAAUUUCUAAAAUUAGAAAUCAAAAUCAUGUCAUCAAUCUUAAGAAACAUUCUAAAACCCUCAAUUCUAAAAUCAACAAAACCCCACUUUCCAAUUUCAUCAUCUUCAACACUCUACACUUCCCUCUUCUCUUCUUCUUACUACUCAACCUCCACUACAAAUGGGAAAAUGUAUGGUGGGCUUGAGCCCACGAAGCCCAAUGAAAAGCCCAGGUUGGUUGUAUUGGGCUCAGGAUGGGCCGGGUGUAGGCUCAUCAAGGAGAUUGAUACCAAGAUAUACGACAUCGUUUGUGUAUCACCUAGGAAUCAUAUGGUGUUUACUCCAUUGUUAGCUUCAACUUGUGUUGGAACUCUUGAGUUUAGGUCGGUUGCUGAACCAAUUGGGAGGAUUCAACCUGCUAUUUCUAGUGAACCGGGUUCUUAUUAUUUUCUUGCUAAUUGUUCUUCUGUUGAUACCAAAGAUCAUGUGGUACAUUGUGAGACUGUCACAGAUGGGGCACAGGCAUUGGAACCAUGGAAAUUCAAUAUAGCAUAUGACAAAUUGGUUGUUGCAUCUGGGGCUGAAGCCUCAACAUUUGGAAUCCAUGGGGUGCAUGAGCAUGCAAUUUUUCUUCGUGAAGUUCAUCAUGCCCAGGAGAUCCGUAGAAAAUUACUCUUAAAUCUGAUGUUGUCUGAUAUACCCGGUGUCCCCGAGGAGGAGAAAAAACGGCUCUUGCACUGCGUCGUUGUGGGUGGUGGUCCUACUGGUGUUGAGUUUAGUGGCGAGCUUAGUGAUUUCAUAAUGAAGGAUGUACGUCAAAGAUAUGCACAUGUCAAAGAUUACAUCCAUGUCACCUUGAUCGAGGCAACCGAAAUUCUAUCUUCCUUUGAUGACCGCCUCAGACACUAUGCUGUAAAACAGCUGACUAAGUCAGGAGUUCGACUAGUCCGUGGAAUCGUCAAAGAUGUACAACCUGAUAAGAUAAUUCUUAGCGAUGACACAGAGGUUCCAUAUGGUCUUUUAGUAUGGUCUACAGGUGUUGGCCCUUCACCAUUUGUCAAAAAUCUUGAAGUAGAAAAAUCGCCUGGUGGAAGGAUUGGUAUCGAUGAAUGGCUACGUAUUCCCUCUGUUCAAGAUAUGUAUGCAAUUGGUGAUUGUGCAGGCUUUCUUGAAAGCACAGGCAAACCAGUUCUCCCUGCUUUGGCGCAGGUAGCCGAGCGACAAGGGAAAUAUUUAGCUAAGUUUUUGAACAGGAUUGGAAAAGCUGGUGGCGGUCAUGCAAAUAAUGCAGAAAAUGUUGAUAUGGGAGAUCCUUUUGUAUACAGACAUCUAGGGUCAAUGGCAACUAUCGGUAGAUACAAGGCACUUGUGGACCUUAGGCAGAGCAAGGAGGCAAAGGGCUUGUCAUUGAAGGGUUUCCCUAGUUGGUUUAUCUGGCGAUCUGCAUAUCUUACUCGUGUUAUUAGUUGGAGGAAUCGGCUCUAUGUUGCCAUUAACUGGUUGACUACUCUUCUUUUUGGCCGUGACAUAAGCCGAAUAUAGAAACUGCCAUAGCAGAGCCUGCCACUGAGUCAGGAAUCUCGUUCUGCUCGCGGGUUUUAGCUGUCAGCGGCAAAUACAGCAUAGCAAAACCAAAGAUAUACUUACAGAAAAUUACUACCACUGUCUUCUUUUGUAAUAUCUGUUAGUUUUCAGCAGUCCAUUUAUAGACUGAUAAAUGACAAUAAUGAAAAUUUAACUGAGGAAGGAUAGAGAUGCUAUAUGUAUCAAUAUAUGCAAAUGAUUCUUAGUAUAAUUGUAAAUUUCUUGUCAUUUUAUUUUUUCUUUUCUUUGGAAACUGCAGCCUGAUUUCGUAGAAUGUUCUUUUUUCUUUUUUUUUUUCCAAUCAAACUGGAAAGCUGAACUUUGUCCCGCUGAAAGUUUCAAGCUUGAAAUUAGCAGCCUUUGUUUUUCUAAGUGUUACUUUUGUGUUCAAUGCAGCAAGAAUUUUUACUUUAAUGUUGCAAAAUUUAUUGAUUGAA